AUGGUCUUACUCGUCUAUAUGAAAAGUUUUUACUUUAUUUUCUUUGUCGUUCUUCUCUUUAAUUUUUUCUUCUUUCUGCUUUUCUUUCUCUUCUUUUAUUUUAUUCUUUCUCUCUUUCUUUCUUUCUUUCUUUCUUUCUACGUUUCUUUCUCUCCUUACAUUUUUUCACUCCACGCUUUCAUUUUUUUUCUUUCUUUCUAUUUUUCUUUCUCUUUCAUUUUUCGCCCCUCUUUCAUUUUUUCUUUUCUUUUCUUUAUUUUUCUUUCUCUUUCAUUUUUUUUCGCCCACUCUUUUCUUUUUUUUUCUUUUUUUUUCUUCUUUUUCUUUCUUUUCAUUUUUUUCGCCCCUCUUUCAUUUCUCUUCUCUUUUCUUUUUUUUUUUUCUUUUCAUUUUUCGCCCCCCUCUUUCAUUUCUUUUUACUCUUUCUAUUUUUCUUUCUCUUUUUUUUUUCUUUUUUUCUUUCUAUUUUUCUCUUUCUCUUUCAUUUUUCUUUUCUUUUUCUUUUUUCUUUUCUAUUUUUAUUUCUCUUUCAUUUUUUUCGCCCCCCCCCCCUUUCAUUUUCUUCUUUCUUUCUAUUUUUCUUUCUCUUUCAUUUUUUCGCCCCUCUUUCAUUUCUCUUCUCUCUUUCUAUUUUUCUUUCUUUCUUUCAUUUUUUUUUCCUCUUUCAUUUUUCUUCUUUCUUUCUUUUCUAUUUUUUCUUUCUCUUUUCAUUUUUUCGCCCCCUCUUUCAUUUUUUCUUCUUUCUUUCUUUCUAUUUUUCUUUCUCUUUCAUUUUUUUCGCCCCCUCUUUUCAUUUUUUUUCUUUCUUUCUUUCUAUUUUUCUUUCUCUUUCAUUUUUUGCCCCUCUUUCAUUUUUUUUUUCUUUCUUCCUAUUUUCUUUCUCUUUCAUUUUUUUCCCCCUUUUUCAUUUCUCUUUCUUUCUUUCCUAUUUUUUCUUCUCUUUCAUUUUUCCCCCUUUUCAUUUCUUCUUCUUUCUUUUCUAUUUUUCUUUCUCUUUCAUUUUUCGCCCUCUUUCAUUUUUUUCUUUCUUUCUAUUUUUCUUUCUCUUUCAUUUUUUCGCCCCUCUUUCAUUUUUCUUCUUUCUUUCUAUUUUUCUUUCUCUUUCAUUUUUUCGCCCCCCUCUUUCAUUUUUUCUUCUUUCUUUCUUUUUUAUUUUUCUUUCUUUUCAUUUUUUCGCCCCUUUUCAUUUUUCUUCUUUCUUUCUUUUCUAUUUUUCUUUCUCUUUCAUUUUUCGCCCCCCCUCUUUCAUUUCUCUUCUUUCUUUCUUUUUUAUUUUUCUUUUCUCUUUCAUUUUUCGCCCCCCUUUUCAUUUCUCUUCUUUUUUCUUUUUCUAUUUUUCUUCUCUUUCAUUUUUUUCGCCCCUCUUUCAUUUCUCUUCUUUUCUUUCUUUCUUUCUUUCUUUUUUUUUUUUUCUCUUUCAUUUUUUCCCCCUCUUUCAUCUUUUCUUCUUUCUUUCUUUCUAUUUUUCUUUCUCUUUCAUUUUUUCGCCCCCUCUUUCAUUUCUCUUCUCUCUUUCUAUUAUUCUUUAUCUUUUUUUUUUUUUCCCCCUCUUUCAUUUCUCUUCUUUCUUUCUAUUUUUUUUUCUUUCUCUUUCAUUUUUCGCCCCUCUUUCAUUUCUCUUCUUUCUUUCUUUCUAUUAUUCUUUAUCUUUCAUUUUUUCGCCCCCCUCUUUCAUUUCUCUUCUUUCUUUCUAUUUUUCUUUCUCUUUCAUUUUUUCGCCCCCUCUUUCAUUUCUCUUCUUUCUUUCUUUCUAUUUUUCUUUGUCUUUCAUUUUUUCGCCCCUCUUUCGUUUUUCUUCUCUCUUUCUAUUUUUCUUCCUCUUUCAUUUUUCGCCCCCUCUUUCAUUUUUCGCCCCCUCUUUCAUUUUUCGCCCCACUCUUUCAUUUUUUCUUCUUUCUUUCUAUUUUUCUUUCUCUUUCAUUUUUUCGCCCCCCCUCUUUCAUUUUUUCUUCUUUCUUUCUUUCUAUUUUUCUUUCUCUUUCAUUUUUUCGCCCCCCUCUUUCAUUUUUUCUUCUUUCUUUCUUUCUAUUUUUCUUUCUCUUUCAUUUUUUGCCCCCUCUUUCAUUUUUUGUUCUUUCUUCCUAUUUUUCUUUCUCUUUCAUUUUUUCGCCCCCCUCUUUCAUUUCUCUUCUUUCUUUCUAUUUUUCUUUCUCUUUCAUUUUUUCUCCCCCUCUUUCAUUUCUCUUCUUUCUUUCUUUCUAUUUUUCUUUCUCUUUCAUUUUUUCGCCCCUCUUUCAUUUUUCUUCUUUCUUUCUAUUUUUCUUUCUCUUUCAUUUUUUCGCCCCCCUCUUUCAUUUUUUCUUCUUUCUUUCUUUCUAUUUUUCUUUCUCUUUCAUUUUUUCGCCCCCCUCUUUCAUCUUUUCUUCUUUCUUUUCUUUCUAUUUUCUUUUUCUCUUUUCAUUUUUCGCCCCCUUUUCAUUUCUCUUCUCUCUUUCUAUUUUUCUUUCUCUUUCAUUUUUUCGCCCCCCUCUUUCAUUUCUCUUCUUUCUUUCUUUCUAUUUUUCUUUCUCUUUCAUUUUUUCGCCCCCUCUUUCAUUUCUCUUCUUUCUUUCUUUCUAUUUUUAUUUCUCUUUCAUUUUUUCGCCCCCUCUUUCAUUUCUCUUCUUUCUUUCUUUCUUUCUAUUUUUCUUUCUCUUUCAUUUUUUCGCCCCCCUCUUUCAUCUUUUCUUCUUUCUUUCUUUCUAUUUUUCUUUCUCUUUCAUUUUUUCGCCCCCUCUUUCAUUUCUCUUCUCUCUUUCUAUUAUUCUUUAUCUUUCAUUUUUUCGCCCCCCUCUUUCAUUUCUCUUCUUUCUUUCUAUUUUUCUUUCUUUUCAUUUUUUUUUUUUUUUUUUUUUUCAUUUUUUUUUCCCCCCUUUUCAUUUCUCUUCUUUCUUUCUUUCUAUUUUUCUUUGUCUUUCAUUUUUCGCCCCUUUUCGUUUUUUUCUCUCUUUCUAUUUUCUUCCUCUUUCAUUUUUUUUCCUUUUCAUUUUUUCGCCCCUCUUCCAUUUUUCGCCCCUCUUUUCAUUUUUUCUUCUUUAUUUCUAUUUUUUAUUCUCUUUCACUCUUUUCGCCCCCCUCUUUCAUUUUUUCUUCUUUCUUUCUAUUUUUCUUUCUCUUUCAUUUUUUCGCCCCCUUUUUCAUUUUUGUUCUUUCUUCCUAUUUUUCUUUCUCUUUCAUUUUUUCGCCCCUCUUUCAUUUUUUGUUCUUUCUUCCUAUUUUUCUUUCUCUUUCAUUUUUUGCCCCCUCUUUCAUUUUUUGUUCUUUCUUCCUAUUUUCUUUUCUUUUCAUUUUUUGCCCCCUCUUUUCAUUUUUUUGUUCUUUCUUCCUAUUUUUCUUUCUCUUUCAUUUUUUCGCCCCCCUCUUUCAUUUUUUGUUCUUUCUUCCUAUUUUUUUUCUCUUUUCAUUUUUUUCGCCCCACUCUUUCAUUUUUUUUUUCUUUCUUCCUAUUUUUCUUUCUCUUUCAUUUUUUUCGCCUCACUCUUUCAUUUUUUGUUCUUUCUUCCUAUUUUUCUUUCUCUUUCAUUUUUUUCGCCCCACUCUUUCAUUUUUUGUUCUUUCUUCCUAUUUUUCUUUCUCUUUCAUUUUUUUCGCCCCACUCUUUCAUUGUUCUCCUCUCUUUGGGAUACUUCUCCCUUUUCAUCAAUUUUCUCUCUUAUUUUAAGUCUUUUCCGUUGUUAUCUUAUUUUUUUUUUUUUUAUCCCAUUUCAUCUCCAACAAUUUUUUAUUGUUUUUUAUUUUCUACAAUGUCUUUCCUUUCUUUAUUUCUGUUUUUCUGACAGUUACGCCUUUUUUCCCCCCGAAAAACCAUUUCCUUCUAUGCCAUCCAUUUGUUGGGCAGAUGCGCUAGUUUAUAUGACUUGCACUCAACCACACUCUCAGAAAACCUCGCGUAUCCAAAUAAAAAUGCUACCGCACUGUCACUUUUUUAUGUACUGUGGUAUUUCUUUUCAUACAUCCACGUUUUACGAGAAGUUAUUACAGAAAUCCAAUAACAAAAUAUGA